GUGAUUUUAUUACAGGAGCAAUGUUGGAUUUGGGGGAGCCAGGUGGAGGAAGAACUGAAACGCUUCCCUUCUCCACCGUUACCACUCUUCUUCUCAACUUCUAGGGUUCUUCCUUUUCUCUCUCUAUUUCACUCCAUUUUCUCUACUCAAACCCCUUCCAUUCAUUCAACAUGUUCAAAACAAAGCUUCAAGAACUCUGUCAUCGCAAAUCUUACAAAUUACCUGAAUAUUCAGUGGUUAAACAAGGCCAAGACCACGACCCACGUUUUGAAGCCACUGUCACUGUCGACGGCAAGCAAUUCUGUUCACCCACUCCUUCUAAAUCUUCCAAGCAAGCACAGAACGAUGCUGCUAAGCUUGCUUUUGACUUCUUUUCUCUUCCUUCUUUACCUCAACCGCCGGAGCAGCUUUGCCCUCAACCACUUUUGCCACAAUCCUCUUCUCCCCCGAAACUAAUUCCUUCUAUUCCCCCAUUUCCUCCCUCUCUAAAUUUAUCUUCUUUUCCUCAGCCGUCUUUGACUUCGCAAUUGGGUAAUUUUGGUGCAAUAACUAACCUGGACAACAAAGUUACUUCCCCACCGAGACCCGAAGUAAAGCAUGAGGUGUCAUACAAAUCUUCUGAACUUAAGGAAUCUAGUAAAGAUUCUCCCAUCAUGAGUAAUAUGGACGUCAAAUUUACAGCACAAUCAGUUGAACCAAGAAUUCAAAACACUAACAAGUCUCCCGUGGUUGAAGACUUCGACAAAGAAUGCCUUAAAUUGACUGGUAUGCAACAUUUAUACAAGAAUAAGCUGCAAAAUUUCUCCCAGAAGAGAGGCCUCACUUUACCCAUGUACACAUGUGAGCGUGAUGGCCCACCCCAUGCUAGUCGCUUCAGAUGUAAAGUGGAAAUAGAUGGAAAGACGUAUGAAAGUCUAGAAUUUCAUGGCACAUUGAAAGAUGCUGAGAAUGCAGUUGCAAAAGUUGCUUUAAUGUCUUUAUGUCAAGAUGGAGCUCAAGAGGAUUCUGAUUCUGGCCUUUACAAAAAUCUCUUACAAGAGAUGGCCCAAAAAGGAGGCCUAGGUUUACCAGCUUAUUCAACAUCUCAAUCCGGUGAAGUUCAUGUACCGGUCUUUGUUUCUACAGUGAAAGUAGGAGAAGAAAAUUUCGAAGGGAAACCAUCAAGAACUAAGAAACAAGCUGAAAUGAGUGCUGCAAAAGUUGCUUAUUUUACCAUAAAGGAGGGAUCUCAAAGCAUUUCAACAAGAAAGAGAGCUCCAUCGUGUGACCUUGCUCUUGAAAUUCCCCGUGAUAUUGCUACAUCAUCCCAUAAUGUUGCUCAACCAGGUCAGAGCAAGGAUUACGUCUCCAGGAUAGUCUCAAGGCUAGAAGCUGGAAAAAGCUCAUCUUCCAAAAGGAUAUUUGUUUGUCCUCGUCAGCCGAAUAUGACAAUUCCAAAGGAAAGUUCAGUAUUACCAAUAAGUGAUGACCAAUGGGUUGCAUUCUCGUUUGAAACUGGACCUAGUCAAUAACUUUGCCAUGAAUAUCAGAGUUUUGAACUGUAACUUAACCUUGCUCAGGACUGAAGUAUGUCAACUCCUAAUACUUAGGUAGAUACAUAUGUAUCUAUUAAGUAUUUAACUCAAAAUUGUUGACAAUACUUGGAACAACACCGUUGAUGUAUGCUUUCUUCUGUGGUUUAGGAUUAUUGGUAGGCUUAGUUUUUACCUGCAACUUGAUCUUCAUUGUCAAAAGGUGUAUUAUAAUAAUUAUAUAUGAUCGGAUGUUACUUUUUCUUUUUGCUUUUAAAUCUGUUAUUAGUAGGAGGCUAUUAUCUCUUGAGUUUUGCACAA